UAUACUGUGAAUGGUGGCCUUCGGUUAUUGUGAAUAACCGCCACACUUAACUCUCUGCAAUACGAUGACAGUUUGCAACAUAUAUGUUGAAAGUGUAAAUUAGUGGCUAGCUGCGGAAGUAGGAUAUGUUCGUAUGCUGUAUAGUCAUCUUGCUAACUUAGCUUCAUCGCGCUACUAUAGAGUAGCAGCAAUAACAUUACAGGGUUAACUAGCGUUAGCGAAGCGCACUUUGUGUGGUACUGCCAUGCUAGCAAAACAACCAAGCUAAGCUAGUGUAAAUGGCUUGAUACUUGAGAAGUAUGGAAGAGGAGAAAGUCUCAGAGUCUUCGAAAGUCGGAGAAGGUGACGCCACAAAAGAAAUAUGGUGUUUGAAAAGAGUCGGGGAGAAUUCUGGCUGGCUUCGGCUGUUCGAGAACACGGAGGUCACGCUUGGACGUGCCUUGAAUGUCACUUAUCAGCUUUUGUCUCCGAACUAUCCUUUAAUGGUGUCCAGACACCACUGUUUGUUCAAGCAAAACGAAGAUGGACAGUGGACAGUAACAGACAAAAAGAGCCUUAACGGAGUGUGGGUGAACAGGGAGCGCAUUCUUCCCGAGAAGGCCUGGCGGCUGAGCCCCGGGGACUCCGUAAGGAUAGGGGUGCCUGUGGAAAGCGUGCAGUUUGAGUACGUGCUUGUGCGGGACCAUCUGCAGACCCUCGAGUCCUUCCUGCAGCCGCGGACUGACGGAGAGGCUAACGCCUCUACCAGGGCGAAAAAGACCAAGAGGAAACUGGACGCGGAAGGGUCGGAUCCCCCGGUUUCGCCCGAGUCCAAGGCGAAGCUUUAUCGCUGCUCCAGCACGGACAAGUCCCUGGGCCGGCCGUGUCCGACGGCAGAACCGGCGCGGCCCAGAUCCCCGCCCACGGAGGCUGCCGGGCCCAGCGCGGCCCCCGCGGCGCCAGAGGGACCCGAGCCAGCCGCGCAGGACGGCCUGGACCUGGCCUGCCUGCGGAGGGACAGCGACAGCAUCCAGGCUCUGAGGAGCAGGCUGCAGGACGCGUGGCAGAAAGCCGCCAGCCUGCAGGCCCUGCGGCCCGGCCAGCAGGAGGAGCUGAAGGAGCUGCGGGCGCAGCAGGACGCUCUGCGGGCCCAGCUGCGCAGUCAGCAGGAGCAGCACCUGCGCAGGGUGCAGACGCUGGAGGACUCCCUGUGCCAGGAGGAGAUGCGUCUGGAGGUGGCAAAAAGACAGGAGAAGGAGGAAAAUUUAAAGAAGCAACUGGAGGAAGCUUUGCAAGAGCACAGAAAGGUGAUUGAGGAGCUCAGAUCCUCUCGACAAGGCUUUGAAGAGAUCCUCCAAGCUAAAGACAAAGAGCUGAAGGUGACAAAGGAGGAGAAGGAGCAAGCACGAGCCCAGAAGGAGGAGGUGGUGAUUCAGAUGACCGACGUGCUGGAGAACGAGCUGCAGUGCAUCAUCUGCUCGGAGCUCUUCAUCGAGGCUGUCACCCUCAGUUGCGCCCAUAGCUUCUGCCUGCACUGCAUUGAGGCAUGGAGGAAGCGCAGCACGGCCUGCCCCAUCUGCAGACAGGACAUCCUGUCCCAGACGCGCUCGCUGGUGCUGGACAACUGCAUCGACCGCAUGGUGGACAGCCUCAGCGCCGAGUUGAAGGAGCGUCGGCAGGAGCUCAUUUCCCAGAGGAAGGGUGAGAGCCCAGCCUGUGACCGUAGUGGUGCUGGUCAGUGUGGAGGGCAGCGGCAGCAGCAACGGCAACGGCAACGGCAGCGGCAGCAGCAGUAGCAGCAGUAUUAUCAUCAGUAGUGACCAUUCAUCAGACAGCAGCUCCAUCAGCUCCCCUGUCUCCCAGGGAGAGGCCAGCCGCAGCUCUCGGUCCGCCAUGAUUUUGAGCGACACCGGCGAUGACCUUGAGUAAGACUCUUUGCACUGGCUCAACAGCACAUCUGUCCAACACUAUUAAAAAUUAAAUAAAUGAAAGAAAGCCUGUUCUUGUUCACAUUGAUGGU